AUGAAAUCAACAAUUGCCUUCUUGGCUCUUUUAGCAGUCGCCACGGCCAAUCCGUUCCUCAAACCUCGAACACUCGAUAUUUCAGCAUAUAAAGCCGUUCCAACCGCUCCUGCUAGAGGAGCUCCCGCCGGAAACACCGUGACAGCGAGUAUAACAUACAAUCCGAAAUCUGUAGCAGAUGCUGCUGUUGCAGCCGCUACAGCAUCUGUCGCCGUGAUCAAUCGUAGACAUAAGCGCAGCACUUGUCUAAGUACGUGCGCUGCCUUACCUGCUGGAAAUGGGCCUAGGGUCAACAGUCCGGAUACUGCAGCAGCUUUCGAAGCAGAUUUAAAUCUUUCCGAUGCAGCACUGAACGCGGUGACCCCUCCAGGCUACGUUCGUGUCGAUGGCUUUCAAAACGUUCACGCCGCUGCUGAAUCCGCCACAUACUUGACAUAUAUCUCCGACUCUCUCACGUCUUACGAUCCUGCCAUUUGUGCCAAUGCAUGCAAUGACAUACAAGGCUGCACCUCCUUUAAUAUCUUUUUUGAGAGAGAUCCAACCGUCGCUCCAGACGUAGAUGAUUGUCCAAAUCCUCCAUCCCAAACACUUAUAAAAUGUUCACUAUUCGGUGGCUUAUUGGAUCCUUCAUUGGCUAGAAACAAUGGCCAGUUUCAAGCUGAUUUCCAAGUUGUGAUUGCUGGUUCAAACGCAUAUAAUGCGGUUGCUCCACCAGCAAUCCAGGGAUAUGGAGGAGUACAAGAUUUUGGAACUGCUACCAUUGAUGCUCCCGCCAACACUACAACAUAUAUGGGAGUGGAGGCUUUCCCUCAGACUCAGCCUUAUGAUCCAACUGUCUGUGCGGCCGCAUGCACUGCAAAGAGUAACCCCGGUUGUGCGUUCUUCGUGUCUUAUAUCUUGUACGAGAAUGGACGGAAUGGAGUAUUUACUUGCACAUAUUUCACCGUUUCCUACGGCUCCGACAGAGCGAUUGAGACUGGACAAUACGAUGAGCAAGGAAACCAUUACACCAUCGGGCACAGCUUUGGAUUCACCGCCGAUGGUUACACAUCAUACUAG